AUGGCUGCCAAUACUUGCUUGAAUGUGAUUGAGAAAUGCAAGAUCUCAGCACCACCCAACUCUGUUGGAGAACGAUCACUCCCUCUUACUUACUUCGAUCUUGCCUGGCUUUUAUUCCAUCCGGUUCACCAGCUUUUCUUCUACGAUUUCCCCCAUUCCAAAUCCCAUUUUAUCCAAGCAGUCAUUCCCAGCCUCAGACACUCCUUAUCCAUCACCCUUCAACACUUUUUUCCGUUUGCAAGUAACUUGGUUGUGUUUCCAAAUGCAAGCCAUUCAGGACUUGAAAAACCACCCGAAAUCUGUCAUGUGGAGGGUGACUCAGUGGCACUCACUUUUGCUGAGUGUGAUGAUCUCGAUUUUAAUGAUCUCAAAGGAAACCAUCCUAGAGAUUGUAACAAGUUUCACCCUCUAGUGCCCCUACUUGAAGAUGCAUUUAAGGUGUCUGAAUUGGUGAAAAUCCCAGUGUUUUCGAUUCAAGUAACGAUUUUUCCAAACUCUGGCAUAACCAUCGGGCUAACAAACCAUCACGUUCUUUGUGAUGCAAAAACUAGGUAUGAUUUUUUGAUGGCAUGGACUUCAAUAAUGAAAUCUGGUACGGAUGAGUUAUUCUUAGCUAGCCAAUCUUUGCCGUGUUAUGAUAGAGUGAUCAAAUACCCAAAUUCUCUAGAUGAAACGGUGUUGAGUCUACCGCAAAUUCAAGCUCUUGAUGAAACAUACAAGGCACAUCAGCUAGUUCCCCUGCCUGAUAAAGUUCGAGCCACAGUUGUGUUGACCCGUUCACAAAUAAAUCGGGUAAAGAAAUGGCUACUGGUUCAACUUCCAACACUAGAAUAUGUAUCAGCGUUCACGGUGUGUUGUGGAUUCGUGUGGAGUUGCACAGCAAAAUCACGUCUUCAGGUUGAAGGAAAAAAGGGUGAAUAUGAGCUGGAACGGUUUGUUUGUGCUGUAGAUUUAAGAGCUCGUUUGGAUCCACCUGUUCCUCAAACUUAUUUUGGGAAUUGUCUCGGUGUAUGUAUCGCCCCAACUAAAACCUCUUUGCUAACAGGAUUGGAAGGAUUUCCUACUGCGGUUGAGAUAAUAGGAAUGUCUAUAAGGGAAUACGUAAAGCAAGGAGUGCUUAAAGAUGUAGAGACAUGGUUGGGGAAGUUUAUUGUUCCGAUUCCCACAUCAGGUGUGGUAGGAACCCCAAAGCAAAAUGUUUACAAUCUUGAUUUUGGGUGGGGGAAUCCGAAAAAAUAUGAAACUAUAUCACUUGAUUUCAGUGAUUCACUAUCUGUCAAUGCGGGCAAAGAUUCAGCCGAAGAUAUUGAAAUUGGUUUCUGCCUUCCGGCUAAGCAAAUGGACGCCUUUCUUACAAUAUCUAGAAAUGAAUUAGAAAGCAUACUUGCUCUGCAAGAAUGA